CAGUAGUCAAGUUUUUAGGGUUUCUUCUCACUCUCUCUACUGCACAUACACACACUUUCUCUCUCUAACACACAGCCAUGACUGCCCAAACCCAAGAAGAACUCCUCGCUUCCCUUCUCGAGCAGCAAAAAAUCAAUGCUGACGAACCGCUUGUGGAAGAUGAAGACGAUGAUGACGAGGACGAUGACGAGGAUGACGAUGAAGGACUUCAAGACGGAGAUGCAAGUGGUAGGUCAAAGCAGAGCAGAAGCGAAAAGAAGAGUCGCAAGGCAAUGCUAAAGCUUGGAAUGAAAGCCAUUCUUGGAGUUAGCCGUGUCACUGUCAAGAAAAGCAAGAAUAUUUUGUUUGUGAUCUCGAAACCCGAUGUAUUCAAGAGCCCAACAUCAGAUACCUACGUAAUUUUCGGUGAGGCGAAAAUCGAAGACUUGAGCUCACAGCUGCAAACACAGGCUGCAGAGCAAUUUAAAGCGCCCGAUUUGAGCGGCAUGAUUCAAAAACCCGAACCUUCGGUUAUCACUCAAGAAGAUGAAGAUGAUGAUGACGUGGACGAGGCUGGUGUGGAGCCCAAGGAUAUCGAGUUGGUUAUGACUCAGGCUGGGGUGACUAGAUCAAAGGCGGUCAAGGCUCUCAAAGCUGCUGAUGGAGAUAUUGUUUCUGCGAUUAUGGAGUUGACCAAUUGAUUUUAUUCGGCUUUUUUCUUCUUUUUUAUCCGAUGUAUUGCUUUUUUGAAUUUUGCUACUCGUUUAUUUUCUUGGCGUUUAGGGUUUAUGUUUCAUAUACUGUAAGAUGGUUAAAACGGUGGCGAAGAUUGAGUAUUUGUCGCGGUAUGUGCAAUUUUCGUAUGAACCUUUAAAUGAGCACAAGUUUUCUCUAUUUGUUGCU